AUGUCCUCUCUUCGCUCACGGAGCCCAGAGGCGCUGUACCAUGCUAUCCCUCAAGCACCGAUGGCCUCACAUCCAAUACUGCAAACGGAGCCUGACAUUGAAAUGGAGGACGAAGGCGACCCGGAUGGCGCACACGAGUCAACACAUCCUCAUUUUACACAUGUGGAUGCCCGGGUGCGCUGGAUCUUUUUCAUUCUGGGCUGCGCAGUGCUGCUACCUUGGAACGUAAUGAUAACUGCCACACCGUAUUUCAUGGCGAGACUAUCGACGUCACCAAUCAGGCUCACAUUCAGCUCGUAUCUUUCCACCUCGUUCACCGCAUCCAACUCGAUAUUCCUGGCUCAUGCUACAGCAACAUCCAAGAAGAAUGCCCCCUCGCGUCAAAUCAUUGUGUCGAUAUUGUGCCUGUCAGUCCUGACAUCGCUCCUCACAUUCAGCACAUUUGUGCAUACAACUUCCGGCUUUUUCUUUGCCUUUGUGUUGCUCAAUGGCAUCGCCCAAGCAGCCUUUGGUUCAUAUCUGCAAACUUCAUGUAUAGCGGUUGCGUCACUUUUCGGUCCCACUGCCGUGCAGCCUAUGAUGUCGGGACAAGCUGGCGUCGCUGUGGUGGUCAGCGGUGUGCAGGUAUUGAGCGCACUUGCCUCGGUCCGAGGAGACUCAGAGGCCAAAGUGUCAAGUAUUCCCACUGGUGGCCACGGGGAAGCGGAGGAACGAUCCGCAUUUGUGUUCUUUGGCUUGUCGACCUUGUUCCUUCUUGCGAGUGCCGGGGCUCAGGUUUGGUUAACGAAUAUGCCCGUUUACAAGACCGUUGCUGGCUCGCUAGAGGCGCGCGCCAAGACGGAUGCCGAUGAAAUAGACGGCGAGGAGGCGCAGGGUCUCGUAUCUCGCGGACGCCAAGACGCGUCAGAAGAGAAGGGGAAAAUAUUCAGAAUCGCAAAGGCAAAUAUGAUUUAUGAAGUGGCCGUUGCCUAUGUCUUCGUUGUUACUCUCGCUGUGUUCCCUCCCAUAACAACCUCCGUUGCACCAACAAAUCCGUCUAUGCAUCCUCUUCUUUUUAGCUCAAUCCACUUUUUCGUCUUUGGCGUUGGCGACUUCUGUGGACGAUACGUCUGCUCAUUCCCCCGACUACUGACCUGGUCCCCCAAACGACUUCUCGCGUUGUCUCUUGCCCGCACUCUGUUUGUGCCCCUGUUCCUCAUGUGCAACGUCCAGCGCCCCUCGUCGUCCGCUUAUACCCCAAUAAUAAAUUCGGACUUUAUCUUUAUGCUGAUAUUAUUCCUUUUCGCUCUUUCAAACGGCUAUGUGUCAAGUAUGUGCAUGAUGUCUGCGCCGUCCCUCGAGCACAACCAUAGAUUGAAGUCGAGGGCGGACAUAGAUGUUGCGGCUACGGUGGCGAAUUUCUGCCUGAUCUUGGGGCUUGCGGCCGGAAGUAUAAUGAGUUUCGCUGUGAGGGGAGCAGUCUGUCACUGUAAUCCAUUUACCUCGUAA